CUCACAAGACCCGUUCUUCCCCCAGACCGUCUUUCAGCUGAAAUUCUCGCCAACCUCGAGCCAUCAGCGUCACUCCAGGACCGCAGGUCUCUAUCUCGGAUCACCGCGUGCCCAGCCAAGCAUCCGAUUUCAGUUUGGCAGCUUAGCUCAAAAGGGCUGCGGUGCCUUUUGUUUGCUUCCCCGCUUUGCGCUCCGUCUUGUUCUUGGCUUCUGUAGAGAGAGAGGUGGAGGCUCUGUUUCUUGCUCGCCGGCCUUCCCCGGCCGCCCGGUUCAAGUUUCCGGUGUAAAUUCCGGCGAGGUUGUUGAUUUGAGCAGAGGGGAGAAUCCAGGCGAAGCUGCAAAGAUCCAGCUCUUGGAGUCUUGGUGGACGGUGACGUGUUCUUCGUUUGGUCAUUCCUUCCUUGCCUGAUAAGGAAGGUUUCUGUUCCUAGUAUCUUGCAGUGGUUUCCCCUCCUGCCCUGCCGGCGACACAGAAAUAUCGAGCCUCUUGCUUACAGAUAUGUUGUUCCCCAAAUUCCUGAAAUGGCCUCAGUGUUGAUGGAUUGCACGCCUUCGCCUCUGCAAGAAUUUCAUCAUCCAUACCAGCCUCUUCAACUGUUGUAGGCUUGUAGCUCCCCCUUUUGCUAGCACUGGCUGACUUGCUGGCUGAAUCUUUGUGUGCAAUCCAUGCAUGUUCUAUCCUUGUAGCCCCAAUUCCCAUUUGGAUUCAUCAUGGGUGGCACCACUACUGACCCAAAGAUGGCUCUGGCCCUUCUUGGGAGCAUCAUCUGGGUUCUUCUCCUUGGUACCACCUGCAAUGCUGAAUUCACCCCUGCUGACAACUACCUCAUCAACUGCGGCUCCACGUCCGACGCCACCGUCGGCCAGAGAGUCUUCGUGGCCGACAAUUCCGGCUCAACAAUACUGACAUCCAAGCAGAGCAUCGCCGCAAGUGGCUGGACCCCAGGUUCCGACGGUGCCACGCUGUAUCAGACUGCAAGGAUAUUCAGCGUGCCAUCGUCCUACUCCUUCAGGAUGAGGAGCCGUGGCCGGCAUUUUGUCAGGCUACACUUCUUCGGUUUCAGAUACCAGAGCUACGAUCUUGCCGCGGCCAAGUUCAAGGUGUCGACGCAGGAUACCGUCCUGCUCGACAACUUCACUCCGCCGAGCGGUAACUCGCCGACCAUCAGGGAAUACUCGCUGGAUAUCACUGAGGAUAUGCUGAUCCUCACAUUUGUGCCACUGGGGAGCAACGCGUCUUUCGUCAACGCCAUUGAAGUCAUAUCUGUUCCUGAUGAUCUGAUAGGUGAUUCGGCGCAAACCGUGAAUCCUUCAGGCCAGUAUAUCGGCCUCGCAGCACAGCCAUUUCAGACGUUCCACAGGAUUAAUGUGGGUGGAGGCAAGGUGACCGCUGACAACGACACUCUCUGGCGUUCUUGGGAUACUGACCAGGACUUUUUCCUCAACUCCACCACCACUCAGCUGGUUACUUCCCAAGCAAAGCUGAAUUACAAGAAAGGAACAGCCACCGAGGAGGAUGCACCGGACAGCGUGUACAACACCGCAAGGCAGUUGGUUGCGCAGAAUAGAAGCAGCUCUGCAUCCAACAUGACAUGGCAAUUCAAUGUCGACGCCCGUUCGAGUUAUCUGGUCAGGUUCCACUUCUGCGACAUAGUGAGCAAGGCAACGUAUUCCCUCUACUUCGAUGUCUAUGUGGACGGCUGGUCAGCGACCCAGGAUCUUGAUCUCUCGGAUAAAGGCUUUGGUGCCUUGGCUGUGCCGUACUACACGGAUUUUGUCUUGAAAUCAAGUGAUCCUUCUGGUAAGCUAAGUGUCAGCGUUGGGCCUUCCAGCUUGCCUAAUGUGACGCUAGAUGCCAUCUUGAACGGGCUGGAGAUCAUGAAGAUGAACAUCAGCACUGGAACUGUUGAGGUUGUGAAGCCAACAACGCCAAAGAGCAAAUUGCCUAUCAUAUUGGGCACUGUCCUUGGAUGUGUUGGUGCUGCUAUAGUUGUUGCUAUACUCUGCUGUGUCCUGAGAAGAAAGAGGAACACGAAGAAGAAGCCACGGCCAGCACCGACAAGUCGACCUUCAAGUGUUUGGUCACCACUCAACCUCAACGGUCUUAGCUUCCUCAGCGUAGGCACCCGGACAACCAGCCGGACCACUCUUACAUCUGGGACUAACAGUGACGCGAGCUACCGAAUCCCGUUCGCCUUGCUGCAAGCAGCGACAAGUAACUUUGAUGAGCAGAUGGUCAUCGGAGUCGGCGGCUUUGGGAAGGUAUACAGGGCAGUUCUGCAGGACAGCACCAAAGUCGCGGUGAAGCGGGGCAACCACAAGUCCCACCAAGGGAUCAAGGAGUUCCAGACGGAGAUCGAGCUGCUGUCAGGGCUGCGGCACCGUCACUUGGUGUCGCUCAUCGGGUACUGCGACGAGCAGAGCGAGAUGAUCCUGGUGUAUGAGUACAUGGAGAAAGGCACCCUGAAGGGCCACCUGUACGGCAGCGAGAUGCCUUCUCUCAGCUGGAAGAAGAGGGUGGAGAUCUGCAUUGGGGCUGCACGGGGGCUACACUACCUGCACACCGGCUUCGCGAAGUCGAUCAUCCACCGCGACGUCAAGUCGGCCAACAUCCUCCUCGACGAGAACCUCAUGGCCAAGGUCUCUGAUUUCGGUCUGUCGAAGAUGGGGCCUGAACUGGACCAGACGCAUGUGAGCACGGCGGUGAAGGGGAGUUUCGGGUACCUGGACCCCGAGUACUACCGGAGGCAGAAGCUGACCGACAAGUCGGACGUGUACUCCUUCGGCGUGGUUCUGCUGGAGGUGAUCUGCGCGAGGCCGGUCAUUGACCCAUCGCUUCCGAGAGACAUGAUCAACCUCGCAGAAUGGGCUACAAAGUGGCAGAAGAGGGGAGAGCUCGGCCAGAUCGUGGACCAGCGGAUCGCCGGGACGAUCAGGCCCGAAUCGCUGAGGAAGUACGGCGAGACAGUGGAGAAAUGCCUGGCGGAGUACGGCGUGGACCGCCCGAGUAUGGGAGAUGUCCUGUGGAAUCUGGAGUUUGUGCUUCAGCUGCAGGAGGCCGGCCCUGACAUCUCCAAUAUCGACAGCAUGAACCAGAUAUCUGAGCUCCCUACGGACGCCAGGAGGGUGGGCGCCUUGGAGAUCGGCACCGCGGACGAAAGCCACAUCAACAUCGAUUACUCUCAGAUGUCGACAAACGAUGCCUUCUCGCAGCUGAUCAACACUGAAGGAAGGUGAACUGGGCUGAAUUGUUUUUCCUUUUUCUUUUUGACAGUUGACGAAGUUGAUAAAAGCAUAUUGAGCUAGAGAAAAGAGAUGUUACAUGUAUUGUUUGUACCUGAUGAACAACUGUACAAGUUCUGAAUUCAAUUAAGCCCUCUUUGAACGAAUUGGCAAAGCUGUUAGAAGUUGCUAUUC